GAGGCAAUGUGGUUUGUGUAAACCUAUGGGGGAAAGAGUCUGGUCCAUGGAUGCAGGCAUUGCAUUUUUUCUUUGCCUUUGGGUCUACUGUGGCUCCUCUUAUAGCAGCCCCAUUUCUCACCGCUUCAUCGGAAGCUGGAAUGCUGCUCAAUGGAACAGUGACACCAGCACCAACAACCAUACCAACAACAUCAUUAGUGUUAAUUGCUAGUAACACAUCUGAAGUAGUUUACGUACAACAGAGUACUGGUGUUAUGUAUGGAAGUAACCACCAGUCUAAAAGAGACACAGACAUGGCUAAAUUCAGCAUGUUGUUGGAUGAAAUGAUUGAGCGCAUUGAACGAAGCAUUACCGAUGACAUUCCACAUGGAAAACCAAGUAUGUUAACCACUACUAACAGCACAGGUGGUAGUGUGGUUUACCUAAAGCAGUCAACAGAGUUUCCAGAAGAAGCAAUGUCUGAAGAACAUGCUGAAGAUGGAGAAAUCCAAUUCACUGAUGUGUAUGAUGGCUGGAAUGACACACACGCUGGCAAUGAGGAUGACAUCGCCAUAAACAGAUCCACCCUCAUUGUUCCCUAUACUAUUGUAGCAAUAUUUAAUUUGCUAGCAUCUUUGCCUUUUUUCUUCUUUUAUUGCAUAGGAUCCCAACCAUGCUUGCUCAAGAAAGAAGCCAAUAAUGAGGCAACUGCUGAUCAUGUGGAAAAUGAGAACGAAACUAUUGUAUUUCGGGUCACAUUGUUAUUUCUUUUGUUUCUAUUCACAUUUGUUUACGUGGGGCAUGAAAGUGCAUAUGGCGGAUUUGUUUAUACGUUUGCCAUGAAAUCUGACCUUGAUUUCAAUGCUCAGUUUGCCAGCUAUCUGAAUUCAGCAUUUUGGGGAAGUUUUGCUCUUUCACGUGCAAUGGCAAUUGGGGUAGCUAUGUUUAUGACACCAAGGGCAAUGUUGAUAGCGGAUUUAUGUGGCCUUUGUGUUGCCAGUUCCCUCCUAGCUGCAUUUGGUGAUCAAAAUAUGUACAUCCUGUGGGGUGCUAGUAUUCUUCUUGGUAUAUCAAUGGGGUCUGUGUUCCCUUCAGGGUUGGCUUGGGCUGAACGUUAUAUCGAGCUAACUGGAAAAGCAACAUCUGUAUUUGUCAUUGGAGCUGCAUCUUCAGAGAUGGCGUUUCCUUGGUUGCUAGGCUACCUGAUUAAAACAUUCAGUGUUUCUACCUUAAUGUAUGUUAUCUUAUCCCUGUCACUCAGUACAACUAUUGUUUAUAUAAUUAUGCAAAUAAUAGCUUCUAAGAAAG